AUGGAGUUCGAGCGCGUGCUCUACCGCGUCCACGCGUCGACGCUCGCGUCGCUCGAGCGGAACCGGGAGCGGCUCCACGUGCGCCCGCUCAACGCCUGCUGGAUCGUGACGGAGCUGACCUUCGUCGUCGCCGUGAGCCUGCUCCUGCUCUCGACGGCCCUCCACGCGUCCCUCGAGCGGGGCAACUGCCUCGCCCCCCAGCUCGCGGAGGCGCUGCGGGUCCAGGCGCCCCCGGGGAGCAACGCGUCCGACGGCGGCUGGCGCCUCCCGCGCGACGUCGUCGUCAAGAUCAGUUUGGGAUCCCUCCCCGGCGACGCGGAGCUCAUCGCCGAGGCCAACGAGGUCGCGACGCGGCGCCUGAGUAGCAACGGCACGGACGCGGCGCGGGACGACGCGUCGCGGUGGGCGGUCCGCGGCGGCGACUACUCGCUCGCGCGCCGCGCGGCGCUGCUCUACCUCGAGGAGGAGACCUUCUUCCGGGCCCACAAGGUGCGCACGGUGAACGUGACGCUCUCCAAGACGUGCCUCGACGCCGGGAGUUCGCUCGCGGCCUGGGCGCACCGCGAGCUCUUAGGCUACGACACGCCGGUCAUCAACCAGGCCAUGUACGGCCUCGGGUCGUCGGCGAUCCUGCGGAACGACGCGAGCGGCGAGGUCUUCCGCUGGCGGCGGAGCCUCGUCAAGGCGCGGGCGAAGGCGCGCGGCGGCGACGGCGGGCUCCGCGCGACGGGCCGGUGGUUCGUCUUUCGGUUCGGCGUCGCGGCGAAAUCGCUCAUCGCCUUCUUCUUCAUGUCGACGAUCACGGCGCUGGUGAUCCGCGUGCUCGUGUCGUCGGGCGUCGUCGCGGCCUUUUUGCUCUGGUACGGGCUGACGUCCUGCGGCGCGCGGCUGGAUUUCGGCGCGCUGUCGCUGAGCUACCCGUGGCUCGGCGCGCCGCUGGAGCUGCUGCGGGCCCAGCGGCGGCCCGCGUGCCCCUUCGUCGCGUCGCACGUCGUGCGCGUCGUCCUGCUCUACGCGGCCUACGAGGCCUGCCAGGUCGCGUUCUCCGACUGGUUCUACCUCGGGCAGCGGCCUCUACCGAAAACGUUGCCGCUCUGCGUCUUCGGCGUCGCGUUGGGCUGGGAGUACGCGACCAUGGUCUACGUGCGGUCCGCGCCGUCCAUCGCCUACCUGCCCAAGCUCACGCUGCUCUAUUUUCUCGCGGCGCACGGCACGUUCUACGCCUUGGCGCGGCCCUACGCGCUGCUGAACCUCGCCGUCGCGGCGCUGCUCAUGGCCCACGCCGUGCUCUACGUGAUCCUCGAGUUCGAGCUCCCGGCGCACGCGCGCGGCGACGUCGACCACGAGACGCCGCGCGCGCGGCACACGGAGCUGCCCUGGCCGGCUCUCGACGCGAUGCUGCCGCCGACGUGGUCCCUCUUCAUGCCCCUCGUGCCCGACGACGCGACCGUCGACGCCUUCGGCGGCGGCCUCGACGCCGCCGCGGCGGCGGCGGCGAACCGCGCCGACGCGCCCGUCGCCGCGCCCGACGACGCGGGCGGCGAAGCGGACGGCGGCGAACCGGGCGAGGACGACGACGACGACGCGGGCCAGGAGGCGCCGGGCGGGCUCGUCGCCGCGGACGACGACGACGACGCCGCGCCGCAGGACGACGACGACAACGCCCUCGAGCUCGUCGACCUCUCCGGCGGCGACGCCGACGCCGCGGCGCCCAUCCUCGCGCCGCAUCUCCACGCUGGCAUCUGGGCCGCGACCUUCGACGGCGGCGAGGAGAACCGCAUCGCGCUCGACGCCGAGGGCCGCGCGUCGGCGGUGCGCGAUCUCUACGCGGACGGCGGCGGCAGCGGCCGCGGCGGCGCGCGGUCGGGGCUCUGGAGGAUAGAGACGGUCGACGGCGAACCGACGGCGUGCGCCGUGACCGUCGUCCUGGGCAGGUACAGCCUGCAGGCCGUCGCGGCGGCGAACUCGACGACGCUCCGGGGGACCGUGUUGGAGGGCGAGGUCGACGGCGACUUCGUCGGCCGCUUCGAGAUGGCGCUCGCGAGCCCCGCGGCGAACGCGUCCGCGAUCGACGAGCGACUGGCCGCCGCGGAGGCGAAGCUCGCGCGGCGUCCGGCGCCGCCGCCGCGCUACACUCGCGCGGCCUUCGCGGGCCGGCGCUGGCUGCUGGACGCGGUCUUCGAAAACGAGCCGGCGCAGUUCGUCCUCGAUCUGCGAGAAAACGGCGAGUUCGUCGACACGGCGGAGCGCGGGCGGCUCGGCGGCAACUGGGGCGUCUUCGACGACGGCGCCGCGCGGAAGGCGGCCGACGGCGCGGGCACGCACGUGUGGCUCUGGAUCCGGCGGUCCAAGUGUCGGGGCUACAACCUCCACGGCGACAUGCGCCUCCACGGCAAGCCGUCCUACGGCGGCGGCGCCUCGCUCCAGCGCGAGCUCGCGGCGCGGUCCGGGGGAGACGCGCCCGCGCCGGACCGCGUCGCCGGCUUCGUCAUCUACGGCGACAUCCCCGACAUGGAGUACUCGGCGCUCAUCGGCACGUUCGAGCUGACGCCGGCCGCGGCGCUGCCGCCGUCGCUCCUCGGGCGGCUCCCCAUCCCGAGCGCCUGGGGGAGCUCCCUCACUUGA